UUCGCUGAUUAUUAAUGGUCCUCAUUGUCCAGUCCAUGUACGUGUGUAGUAGAACCCACGCGUCCAACUCGCAUGCGCUUUUGAUUUUACCGGUGCACUUCUGAUCAUGAAAACCCUUGGGCUGAUUUCGUUUGUCAGUCGCACACUGAUAGUGUCACAGCAAUUUUCUCUAUUAUUCUCGUUGCAGUUAAACUGUUGUUGCAAAUUGCAAUCGAUCGCGUGGUUAGCGGAGAUAUUUUUUAAUUAAAUUUACGCGGACACGAUGUAUUGUAUAAUUAUAUAUUGCAUCAUUAAUUAGAUGUGCGGUAUUCUCUGCGAAGCGUAUUUCACUGACUCCGUGGUCGACCUGACAUAUUUCCAGCUGUAUCGCAAAAACGUAUGUAUGACUUCGGUGAACGCAAGCCAAUCAAUAGUCAGUUUAAUCUGAAGAGGUUGUUCGACAUUGUCGAAAAAAGUGCUCAACUAAUUUUUACACUGAAGCCAAAAGGAUGGACAAAGCGACAUCGGAACUGGUCAUGAGCCCUGCAUUUUGCGGCCUGGAACGACGCAGGAAUGGCGAAAAGCAUAAUAAAACAAAAUACGGUGACAUGUUUGUUGAAGCCAGCCAAAAUUCCGAAACUAUGGGUUCUUCCGACGCUCGUGUCCCGUUCAGUAAUUCUCCCACUGCAUUUGAUAACGCGGAUGACAAAUUAUCGGAAACAGCGUCAGACGAUGUCACCACAUCCUCCAAACACAAACUGCGACCACACGAAAGCGGUUUCAUUUCAAACAGCAAGCAACGACGCUAUCGAACGACAUUUACGGCUUUUCAACUGCAGGAACUGGAAAAGUGUUUCAGCAAAACGCAUUAUCCGGAUGUUUUUAACAGAGAAGAAUUGGCUCUGCGAAUAAAUUUGACGGAAGCGCGCAUUCAAGUGUGGUUCCAAAAUCGUCGAGCCAAAUGGCGGAAAUCGGACAAAGUGGCCUCCAGUGAGUCAGGCAACGAAAUUGCGAUUCCCUGUGGAGCUGACCCAAAUCCACCCAAUGCUCCCACGAAUUCACAAACCAAUCACCUCUUAUCAGCUGGUGCUUUACCUGGUUUUUAUUAUUCCCCUUUUAAUUCAAGCUCCCGAAAUACUCGGGGUACAGGAUCCGGCGAGUUUUAUCAGCCAUGGCUUUCCGGUCAUCCACCGAGUGGAUUUCAGCACAAUCUUUCCAAAGGGUGUAGCAACGGCAGCAAUGGCACCGGCAGUUCUCAUCUGCCUCCUGUAAAUUAUCUGCAUAAUUUGUGGGCAGAUAGAUAUAAUUAUUUGCAUCAUAUGGCCCUGUCGCAGCUUUUUGGGAUAGACGGAUUCAACCCGGCGGCGCCGUGGAAGCAACCUGUCGCACCCAGAUGCAUGCCAGCACCGCUCCGUAUUCCCGUACCAGGCGUGCUUGAAUCCUCGUUGAACACGAGCCAAGGAAGAGGUCAUGCUUUCUUUUCUGAGGCCAAUAUGCCUCCUAGGCUGCCUUAAUUCUGACUUUUACAUUGAAAACUUGGUGAUGCUCCAAACAUCAUCUUUGCAAAUAUGUUGUAUUAUUGUGGAUAAAUUGCCUAAAUCA